CAGAUCUGGAACCUCGGAUCCCUCGGCAGCCUUUGCAAGCCAGGAUUUCCUCUGGGUGGGAAGGAAGGAAGGAAGGAAGGAAGCGGAAGGACCAGCAGGGAUCCGUCCUGCAGCCCCAGAAAUGGUCCCAUGAAGGAAGAGUUUCCAGAGACGCCACAGAGUCCCUGGAGCCCUUUCAAGCUGCUCUGCCGGAGAGAGGAAGGAUGGAGACACCCUCUUUGGCCAAGGAGGGGAGUGGAAAAGGCCUCACAACUCUUCAGCCUGGGAGCUGUGGGGAGAGCUGGACCAGAACCGGGCAGAAGGUCCUGCAGGAGAGGACCCUCCUCCCUUCAGAAGUUCCACACUGGACCUCCAUCCAAUACCAGGAGGCUGAGGGUCCCCGAGAACUUUGCAGCCGACUCCAUGACUUGUGCAGGCGAUGGCUGAGACCAGGAAAGCACAGCAAAGCCCAGAUGCUGGACCUGGUGGUUCUGGAGCGGCUUCUGACUCUCCUGCCCCCAGAGAUGGAGGGCUGGGUGCGGGAGUGUGGAGCAGAGAGCAGCUCCCAGGCGGUGGCCCUGGCGGAAGGCUUCCUCCUGAGCCAGGCGGAGGAGCAGAAGAAGCAUCUCCAGUGGCAGUUCUGCAGUGUGGAGAUCAGAGACCCUGAGGGAAAGAAGAACCCAUCAAAUCCCCCUCAGGAGCUAUUUUUCGGGAGGAUUCCUUGGGAAGAUCCAAGUCAGGACACCUCAGGAGAGAAACAACAAAUGAAGCUUUCUGGUUUUUAUGACGGAGAUCAAACAGUGGUUGAACCUCCAAAUCAAGAGGGUCUGGUGUCCUUCGAGGAGGUGGCUGUGUAUUUCUCUGAGGAGGAAUGGUCUCAGCUGGAUCCUGACCAGAAAGCGCUGCAUUUGGAAGUCAUGCUUGAAAACCAUAGGAGCGUGGUCUCUCUGGGUAAUAAUGGGCAGGGGAAUCAAGAUUCCUGUGAACUGUUCCAAGUGAUCAGUGCUAAAGAUGGAACAGAGAAGUUUGGAAUUCAAGUGGAAUUAGAAAGUCAUGAGACAAACCAGUCAAAGAAUUGGACUCAGGAAAGCUUAUCUGCCAGUGAUGCUCCAAUGCAAGACUUUCUUGCCCAAGAAGAGAAAAUAAGGAAAAAAUAUACUGGGAAAAGUGUGAAGCUAAUCAAAGCUAAAGUACAAGUAAAUGAACACUAUUUAACCCAGAACAAAGGAGAAGGUUCUAUAAGAAGACACAACGGACAAAAUUACAAUGGGACAUUCAUUCUUUCUCUUGGGAAUAAUUUCCUUACAUCUCAAAAAGCGAUUGACACAAAAGAGAAGCCUUAUAAAUGUUUGGAAUGUGGAAAAUGUUUUAGAACAAGCAGGCAAUUUACUAUCCAUAAAAGGAUUCACACAGGGGAGAAGCCGUAUAAAUGCAUGGAGUGUGGAAAGACGUUUACUGUGAGCAGUGGACUUAGAAGCCACAAAAAGAUCCAUACAGGAGAGAAUCCAUUUAAAUGCAUGGAGUGUGGAAAGACCUUUGCUCAUAGCAGUACACUUACUAUCCAUAAAAGGAUCCACUCGGGAGAGAAGCCUUUUAAAUGCAUAGAGUGUGGAAAGAACUUUGCUAAGGACAGUGAUCUUAAAAGGCACAAAAAGAUCCACACAGGAGAGAAACCAUUUAAAUGCAUGGAGUGUGGAAAGACCUUUACUCGGAGCAGUAGCCUUAAAAUGCACAAAAACCUCCAUACAGGAGAGAAUCCAUUUAAAUGCAUGGAGUGUGGAAAGACGUUUGCUCAAAGAGGUAAUCUUAUUUCCCAUAAGAGGAUCCACACAGGGGAGAAGCCGUAUAAAUGCAUGGAGUGUGAAAAGACCUUUGCUCAUAGCAGUACACUUACUAUCCAUAAAAGGAUCCACUCAGGGGAGAAGCCUUUUAAAUGCAUGGAGUGUGGAAAGAACUUCCCUCAAAGAGGUCAUCUUAUUUCCCAUAAGAGGAUCCACACAGGGGAAAAGCCGUAUAGAUGCAUAGAGUGUGGAAAGACAUUUACUCAUGGCACUCCCCGUGGCCCUCUCGUCCUCUGCAUGGCGGGGGCGAUGGCUGAAGCCUCAGGACGGGAGCGAAGCCUCCGUGGCGGGACCUGA